ACACAAAUGAGCCCAUAUGGGCGUUUUAACAGUUGAUAUGCCAUUUUUCCCCCCUAGCUUAAAAUGAGUACUCCCACGAGAAGAAGUAAAAUAAGCUAGAACCAUUAUUGUACCCCCGACCCCAUUUGAUGGGGCAUUGCGGUUGUAAAAUGGGGGUUUUCAAGGAAUAACGGUGGCGUAGGGGAAAUUGAGACGAGCCAAACAGAGAAAAGAAUAACUCAGCCAUGACCAACAAGGCAGUCAGCCGCAGCGACAAUUUCAGUAGUAUUGUUUCUGCAGUCAGAUUCGAAAUAUCCCGCGCAAUGUGUGUCGGCGCUGUUUUUCUGUUCGGAGUAGCCGCGCCUUGGUGCUGCAGAGGACGCCGAAGUCGGAACUACGCGCGGAGGAACACCAGCCUUCGGAGCGCGCGCGCGUGCGUUGAAAGCUGCGAUCGAGCAGCCAUUUGCCAGCGACGGCACAUUCUUCUACCGUGGUUGGUGUUUCUCACUGCUUUGAACCCCCAAGACUCCACGGACUGCGGCUGCGGUCGUUUCAUUGCCAACUGUGAGGAUGAAGCAGCUUCAUGGCCGGAGAUCGGGUGCCUCCCAUCAGUUUCCCUUUUCAGCAAUAGAGGCCUUGGAGGCCUUUCUACCUGCGUUGCAUCCUGUGGCUGGACCACUCCAGCGAUCUCGGCGGAAUCGUUACACAGGAAGAAGUCUGGCUGGCCCCAAGCCUGGUGCAAAAUGAAGAAAUGGCACUCCACAUCAAUUCAUGUUUACUUGUCGUCAUAACCAGUCUGUUAGCUUAAUUUUUGGUUCUUCCUAUUGAAUUCUCAAGAAAGGUA